AUGAGCACCGCUGCUGAAGUCCUCGAGCGCCUCGAGGGGUUCCCCCAGGACUUGUCGGACCUGGUGCUGCCCGAGCUUAGCGGGCGCGAUGUUGACGAGCUCGUCGUCACCCUCGACUCGCUAGCCCAUGCCAACGACACACCCGAAGCACGCAACGCUAUCGUGCAGGUCAGCACGCUGCUUCCGCCACACAAACUCCUCGAACAGCUCGAGCUCGCGUGGGUGCGUGACGCUGGCGCGCUUAUUGCCCCCGUUGUCGCCGAGCUCGCGCGCAGCCUCACUACUGGGACAUACGACGUACACGCGUGGACAAAGGCUGCGGCUCAGGCGAAUACAGAGCGCUCACGCGAAGUUGUGGGCGCCUGGGCCGCCCAGAACUUUGAGACUUUCCUCGAAGUCUGCAAAGACCUUUACCCCGACCCGUCGGUGCGCCUCGGUGUCCUCAACAUUGUGAAGAAUAUCGUGCUGGGAGCACCGUACACGCCUGACAUGCCGAUAGCAUCGACGCCAAUGGCGCAACUAGCGAGUCACGACUUUUUCCCUGUCCUCCUCAAGAGCUUGCUCCUCGACACCAGCAACCACCUCUUUGGGCUGGGGCUGGCGACGCUCGUCACCAUCCUCCCCUUCUCAGUUCCGUUGCUACGGCGGUACAUCCCGCUAUUGAUGGUCGUGCUGGGCCGCGCCAUGUGCUGGCGCGAUCGUCCGUUCUACGAUGCAGGAAAACACAAGACGGUUGGCGUGACGACGACGCCGGCGCCGUCUGCGUCCAUGGACUGGACCGUCGCGACGACCGGCGAAGAUAUCAUUUCCGUACCGACGCCCACCGAAAAACGUGUCGUCCAGCUACUCCUCGUUGGGUUGUAUGGCGCGUGGCCGUCCAACAUCAUCGCGUUCAUCCGCGAUCAGCCCGCAUACUUUGAGGUCAAGCAGGUCGCAACCAUGUACGCCGUGCCAUGGGAGGAGGUGUGGGCCCCGGGACAGCUGCAGGCCCGCUGCGUCCCUCUCAUUAGCGACUUUAUGCUUCACCACAACGUGAUCACCCACACGUCGUCUCAGGAGAUGGCAGACGAGAAGCGCUGGGAACGCUUCGACCCGAGCGAAUUCAUCUCGAUGGCGUAUCUCAUGUCCGGCGGUAGUGAGGACGCUGAUGCCAUGUUCGAGUUCUUCCGCCUGCCCAAAGUACAGCUGGACCCACUCGAGCACGGGGCUAGAGAGGCCGAACCAACCGUUGCGGGCAGCAGCAGUGACACAUCCGAUAUCCGCCGGCUCCAGAUGGAGAACGAGCUCCUCCGCCUCGAGAGCCUGUACAACGACCGCCUGCGGCGGCAAUUUGUGCACCACAUUGGGCGUCUGCACCGCAACUCGCUGCGGUUCAACUCGGACGAGGCCGAGAUCCACAACUUUGUCAAUCGGCUCAAGGAGCAAUCCAAGACGAUUGCAACCCUCACGCACGACCUGACAACACAGCGUUCCGAGUCAACCCAAGCCCAACAAAAGCACGUCAAGUGGCAGGAGCAGCUGCGUGACAAAGUCGCGGGCUUCCGUGAAGAGCGCAGAAACUGGAUGACCGAGGCGACACGUUUGCGCACCGAGCUGGCCGAGGGGCAGGCCGCCGCACGCGAGAUGCGCGACGAGCUAGGCAUGGUCAAGAACGAGCGCUUCAACUUGCAGGCGCAGCUGCUCGAGCUCGGCCCGAAGGUUCGCCAUAUCGAGGACUACGAGACGCGCGUCAAGCAGCUUACAGACGCGCAGUUGCUGUGGGAUGAGGACGUGACGGCGUUACGCGAGGCCCAAGCGGCCGCGAUUGCGAGCCAGGCGCGCUGUGCCGAGCUCGAAACGAUGUUGCGUGCGCGUGAGAAGAUAUGUCGCGAGCAGUCCGAGACGAUCACGAAACUCGAGUCCCGUCCCGUCAAACCCACCGAGAUCCCCAGCGAGACCCCAAGACCAGCGGAAGAAGAGAAGCCGCCCGCCAUCAUCGACCCGACGUUCCACAUCAGCGUCGCUGAGAACGUGCGCAAGCGCGCCGAGCGGCUCGAGCGCGACAACCUCGAACUCACCGUCGAGGUCGAGCGCCUCCGCCGCAUGACGAUCAAGGACGCGACUGGGGGAGGCAGCGCCUCGAGCCUGUUGUACGGCGGCGCAUAG